AUGGAGGGAACUGCAAAUUUGGUGGUGUAUCGCAACGGUGAGAUAAUACGUAAUACUCAUGAGGGAGUGAGGUUUGUGUCCCAGAAUCCGUUUUCGUUUGUGGUUCCAUGUACGAUGACAUUAAUGGAGCUGCAGAACGGCCUCUGUCAAAGCAUGGAGAAUUGUACAUUAAUGAGAUUUGAUGUCAUGCCGAUCACUGAUGAAGCGAGUAUGCAGAAGAUGUUUCAAAUUCACCAGCAGACUCAGAUGCGACACCCACAGAUUGAGGUAUACGUUGAUUUUGAAACUGUGGAGGCAGUGGCGGUUCAGAAUGAUAUAGAUAUACAUGAUGAUAGAGCUGCAGUGUACCAAGGAAUGAAUAGUGACAGCGAAGAUGAUUUCGAAGCUACUUAUGAGGCCGGCGACGAAGAUGAGGAUGGUAAUGUGGGAGUUGAGGCAGCAGCAGAGAAUGUAGUGGUGGGUCCAUCGAGCAGUCAACCGAUGGACGUUCCACCUUUUAUGCGUGAGUUGGAUCUCGAGGCCAUGCAUGCCCCCGAGUUUCCGGAAUAUACAAACAUAGGCGUUGCCGAUGGUGAGGACGGGGAGUUCCGGAUUGGAAUGGAAUACAGUUCUAGAAAGUCGGUCGUCGCAGCAAUUAGAAGUUUCACUAUUGCUAAAGGAGUUGAGUAUGAGGUGUAUGAGUCUGAGCCACAGACGUUCUAUGCAAAAUGCAAGAUGUACGGGCGCGGAUGUGACUGGCUUAUCCGAGCUAGCUUGAUACGGAAAAAAGGUUGUUGGGAGAUACGAAGAUACAACGGUAGCCACACGUGCACGAUCGGAACAAUUUCACAAGAUCAUUCCAAGUUGGACUCAGAUACAGUUGCUGACACUAUAAGGCCAUUGGUCGAGACGGACCCGUCCAUCAAGGUGAAAUCUAUAAUUGCGGAAGUCCAGUCAAGGUUCAACUAUACCAUUAGUUACCGAAAGGCUUGGUUGGCAAAGCAGAAGUCCAUAGCCAACGUUUUCGGCGGUUGGGAGGAUUCUUACCAAGCCUUGCCAUGGUGGCUAUCGGUCAUGGUGCAGAAGAUGCCUGGUUCAGUUGUCCAAAUAGAAACACGACCGCUGUACAAUGGGAAUGAGGAGGCGCAAGGUGUAAAAAUACUUCAUCGUGUAUUUUGGAGUUUCAAUCCAUGCAUUAGGGCAUUCAGGCAUUGCAAGCCCCUGGUUCAGGUUGACGGCACACACCUAUAUGGAAAAUACAAAGGUACACUUCUAGUCGCUGUUGCACAAGAUGGGAAACAGAACAUUGUGCCUAUCGCCUUUGCCUUGGUGGAAGGGGAGACAGCUGAUGCGUGGCACUUCUUUCUCAGGAAUCUGCGAAUGUAUGUUGUUAGAAAAGAUGGUGUGGGUAUGAUCUCAGACUGA